AUGAGCGGGCGGCGGGUGGACGCCAAGGUGGUGCUGCUGGGGCAGGAGGGCGUGGGCAAGAGCAGCCUGGUGGAGCGCUGCGCCCACCGCCGCUUCCGGCCCGGGCCCUACCAGAACACGAUCGGGGCCGCCUUCGUGGCCAAGGUGAUGUCCGUGGGGGACCAGACGGUGACCCUGGGGAUCUGGGACACGGCUGGCUCGGAGCGCUAUGAGGCCAUGAGCCGCAUCUACUACCGCGGGGCACGGGCCGCCGUCGUCUGCUACGAUCUCACCGACAGCAGCAGUUUCCAGCGAGCCAAGUUCUGGGUGAACGAGCUGCAGAACUGCGAGGAGGGCUGCCGGAUCUACCUGUGCGGCACCAAGAGCGACCUGCUGGAGGAGGACAGGAGGAAGCGGGGGGUCGACUUCCAUGAUGUGCAGGACUACGCCGACGAGAUCAAGGCAGAACUCUUUGAGACCUCCAGUAAGACGGGCCAGAGUGUGGAUGAGCUGUUCCAGAAGGUGGCUGAGGACUACGUCCACUUCACUGCCUUCCAGGAGAUGACAGAGGAGAAGGGUGUCGACCUGGGCCAAAGGAGCGGUGCCUACUUCUACAGCUGUUGCCACCACUGAGACCUCCUGCCAAAAGGGAACCGCUGCUGCUGGCCGCGCAGCCGGCAUGCGCCAGACCCCUCCGGUUUUUUACCUGCUGUGUUUUAGCUGUACAGGCCCGUCCGCAAUGUGGCAGCGGCGUGCAGCCCCGCAGACUGCUCUCCUCCUGGUGUGCGGAGCGACAGAGGGCUGCCCUGCGGUGCCGGGAGCCUCCUGUGGUGCCGGGAGCCGCGGGCCGUCACCCCUGGGGACCCUCUCCCUGCCACCCAGCGUUCCAGCUCCACUUGGAGCUGCUUCCCGGAGUCACUGCUGUGGCCCAGCGGCGGCCAUUAACUUAUUCUCUCGGAGAUGCUGCCUGAUUCUUUGCAGAUUUAUUGAAGCGUCUUCUCUCGAGGUGUACAAUGUAAAUAAAACGCAUUGUGGUCUGA